UUGUUUAUGAUAGGUUCUAUUGAUAAUUUUUUUUUUGAAUUUUAUUUAUUUUGUAAAUACGAUUGCCAAAUAAAUAAAAUAAAUUCCUAAAAAAAAAAUACAAAAAUAUACAUAUAUUUAAAAA